AUAGAGAUACAGACCAUUUGUGUUAUUUACAAAAUCAUGGCAAUGUGUCUAAUAUUUGCAGCAUGUGUAUUGAUUUUGACAGUUCUUUGGAUAUAUAUUGGAAAAGACUGGUCAUUUAGCUUUCUUGCAAAUGCUAUGUUUUUUCCAACACUACUUCUUCCAUUGUUUGUGGAAAACUACGUCGAGUUUAUCAUUACCAUUACAGGAAUAAAUGAGAUACAAAAGUCACUGUUGUAUUCCUUUGUUGCUAUUAUAGCUGUGUAUGUAUUGGUAUAUGGGUGUGUUGCUUUGGGUACAUUGCUGUCAUGGGCAACUAAAGUAGAUAUGCCUACUCAGGGCGGCAAUGCAAUCCAUGAACAUAAUUCUGAUAUAAUAAAAGGUUUUAUAAGAGCAGCCGGUGAGGAGAUUGGAUGGAGAUGUUACCUUCUUCCCUGUCUACUUUCCAUUUAUUCACCAACUUUAGCAUUGUUGAUUAGUGGUAUUAUUUGGGGCCUAUUUCAUGUGCCAGUCAUGAUACUGCUGACCUACAAGUUAAAAGUACCAAGACCAUACUUAACAAUAUUUGUACAAUCUCUGUCGUGUGUUCUUAUGGCUUAUCUUAUUGGAUGGAUAGCAGUUAAGUCAAAAUUUUCCUUAUGGGCUUGUUCUAUCUUGCAUUGUGUCUGGAACAGAGUAAAUCCUAGUAUACUGGGAAGUAUAUAUACGCAAACAUCAGGAGAAUAUAAAGGAGAACAGUGGAAAAUCAACGGCGAAGGACUUGCUGGAUGCCUUGUAUUUUUGCCCGUAGCAUUAUUGUGUGUGUAUGAUCUUGAUUUUACCAUCCUAUGA